AUCUAGUCAGCCAGUCAGAUUAGAACAACUGAUAAAGAUGGCGUCCCCCAAGUGGAGUUGUCUGUUGUUGAUGUUGUGCCUAACUAUUUUCUGCAUAGCGACAGCAAACGACGUCAAAAAUCAAAAACCCAAAAAGAAAAAGGACAUCAGGGAUUAUAAUGAUGCAGAUAUGGCAAGGCUGCUGGAGGAGUGGGAGAAAGAUGAUGAUAUUGAAGAGGGUGAUCUCCCAGAACACAAAAGAUCACCUCCGCCUAUCGACUUUUCUAAAGUGGAUCCAAAAAAGCCUGAAGAGCUUCUGAAGUUGUCCAAGAAAGGGAAGACGCUGAUGGUGUUUGCGUCUGUCUCUGGAAAUCCCACUGAAAAGGAGACUGAGGAGAUCACCAGUCUGUGGCAGGGCAGCCUCUUCAAUGCGAACUAUGAUGUUCAAAGAUUCAUUGUGGGCUCUAACCGUGCCAUCUUCAUGCUGCGGGAUGGGGGCUACGCGUGGGAGAUCAAAGACUUCCUUGUUAACCAGGACCGCUGCGCUGAGGUGUCUGUGGAGGGUCAGGUGUUCCCUGGGAAAGGAGCUGAAAAUAAGGGCAAGCAGGAGGAGAAGAACAAGAUCAACCCAGAGAAGAAGGAAGAAAGCAACAAAUACAAAUCCAGCAAAGAGAAUAAGAAGGCUAACAAAAACAAAGUAGAGCUAUGAUCCUCGUUCGUGUGAACUGUGCCUCUAAACAGCUUUUAUACUACAGCACGUCCCUCCCCUGUUUACUGAGGCAUCCCUUAAUCCUGUGUGCUUUAAUCCUGGUCGGUGUGCUUCUCCAAUGGAACAGUCACACCAUCAGGGUUAAAGGUACACCUUCAAUCAAUCAAUCAAUCAAUCAUUCAGUCUUUAUUGAAACAAAACGAAAGUGCGUGCAGGUAAAUGAACUAAACGCUUGUUUACCAUUACUCGGUUUCUUUGGGAUUAAAGGUGGAUCAGCAUGGAUUAGUUAUCACAUUUGAAGGUUUACCCCUAGUAGUAUUAAGUUACUCAUUUAGAAAAGACUUAUAUGUGAAAAACUCCAACAAAACUCAUGGUACGGUUAUUUCAAGUUUUAAGUUUAUUGAUACGUUCAUAGACGGCCAGCAUUAGCAGGAUAACAUGUUUUCCCCUGAGUUACUGUGUUAUGGUUGGCAGGCUUUCCCCACCUCCUCUGCUAGGAAACAGGUCAUUUUCACUUAUUUAAAGUGGUGGUCUUCGUAGCUUGCUCUGCAGUAAGACCAGUACAUGUCAGUCACUUCUACUUAUAAUCGGAUCGCAUCAGGGCUCAAGGCUUAUUCGCAACAAUGGGUUCUAUGCUGGCCAACCACAGCUUGAAUUUGACACCACAGCCAGUUGAUUGCAUAUGCACACAUUUUAAUAAAUUGUUGUAGCAUUGUAGGGUUCACGUUUUUGAUUUUGAAACCGAUAAAGCACAAAAUUAGAUAAUUCUAAAUCUGUUUCCAUUAUGUCUGGCUAAUGUUAAGAAUACAAAAAAAAGAUCAUUUAAUCUGGAAUUUGUAGUAGAAAAACUGUUUUAACAAAACCUGAAAAUUAUUACAAAAUAGUUUACAAAUAAAGCCUAAUUGUAUGUGUAUUGUUGUUUACGUUUAUAAAAGUACCAUCUGUUGUAUGUUUAGAAAAACAUUACCCUAAUACAGUCUUCUAUGUUUUUUUUUCCCCCACCAAAGCAAAAAUCUGCUGUAUAUUGCUAGCAAAGUACAGUAUAGUCCACCAUAAGGAUCUGGCCAUGGCAUUUCUCAGUGGUGUGUGAAUUACCCUUCGAUGUUAUUGCAUAGCUUCAAUUUUAACUUGCAUCCUAAAUGGCAGCGAAUGAAAAGGGAUAAUAAAUGAAGUCUGUUGAUGACUCCUGGUGUUAAAUGGUAUUAAGUAAUAUAUUUACUUGGAUUUUUAUAAUAAAAGUUUU